AUGACAAAUAAUUCAGACGAUACUAGCAGUAUUGAUUCUAAUAAAAUCACUCCAUAUCAGGAUGAAGGUUCUGCUGCUGCUGCUGCCCAUCACAAUGAACCACUCGGCAAGAGAAUAAGUCACAGUUUGGAACAUUUUCGCUCACACGACUCUGCUGAUGAAAAAGAGUUGGAAAAAUUGGUCACCAACAACCAGGGAGUGGAAAAGAUCAUUACCGAACUUCGCGAAGGUUAUGGCCGUUUAGGACCAUUAGAACAAGACUUGGAUGUCAAAAAGCAAUUGACACACCCAGAUCCACAAUCAGACUUUAACGAAAAUGAUCCUUGGAAGUACCCUAUUGACUUGAACACUGGUUUAAGGAUUGUUGAAUGGGUAGAAAAUGAUAAACAAAAUCCAAAAACGUUUGGAACUGGAAGAAAAUGGUUAUACACCGGUUUGCUAGGUUCUAUUUGUUUCGUGGUUGCCUUUGGUUCUGCUAUUGUUACUGGUGAUUUGGAUCGUCCUGCCGCUUACUUUGGUGUUUCUGAAGAGGUCAUCAUUUUAGCAUCGGUUACCAUGUUUGUAUUGGGUUUCGGUUUCGGUCCUUUGGUGUUUGCCCCCAUGUCUGAAGAAGUUGGAAGAAAGCCUAUUUAUGCGGUAACACUUUUUGUUGCCUUGAUAUUUAUUGUCCCCUGUGGUGCCGCAAAAAAUAUUGGAACUUUGCUUAUUUGUCGUUUGAUUGAUGGAACCGCAUUUAGUGCUCCAAUGACUUUGAUUGGAGGUUCAUUGGCAGAUAUUUGGGACGGGCCACAGAGAGGUGUUGCUAUGGCCAUCUUUUCAGCCGCUCCAUUCUUGGGUCCCGUUUGUGGUCCAAUCUUUGGUGGUUUGUUGGCUGAUCACGCACCUACAUGGAGGUGGAUUUAUUGGACCUUUUUGAUUAUUGCUGGUGUAUUCUAUGCUUUCUUCAUCACCAUUGUCCCUGAAACACAUCAUGGUAUUUUAUUGAGAAAGAGAGCUAAAAAGUUGAGAAAGGAUACUGGAGAUUCAAGAUACAGAAGUUUGAAUGAAAUUGAGAUUAGAAAGUUUAAAGAUGUUGCCAAGACAUCACUCUUGAGACCUUUUGUAUUGUUGAAAGAAUUGAUUGUGUUUUUGGUCACUAUUUACAUGGCUGUCGUUUAUGGUUUGUUGUACAUGUUCUUUUUUGCUUAUCCAGUUGUUUACAUGGAAGGUAAAGGUUGGUCAGCUUCAAAGACGGGUAUUAUGUUUAUCCCAAUUGGUGUUGGUGUCCUUAUUGCAACUGCUGCUGCUCCAUUCUUCAACAGGGACUACAAUAGAAGAGCCCAAAAAUACAGGGACAGAGGAGAAUUACCACCAGCUGAAUUAAGAUUGAUUCCAAUGAUGGUUUCUUGUUGGUUUGUUCCUGUUGGUCUUUUUGCUUUUGCCUGGUCAUCAUACCCUCAUGUUUCUUGGGCCGGUCCAUGUUUUUCUGGUUUAGCAGUGGGUUUCGGAUUCUGUUGUUUAUAUAAUCCAGCCAACAACUACAUUGUUGACUCUUACCAACAUUAUGCAGCUAGUGCAUUGGCAGCAAAAACAUUUGUCAGAUCAAUGUGGGGAGCUGCUGUUCCAUUGUUUACUAUUCAAAUGUACCAUAGAUUAGGUUACGAAUGGGCUAGUUCCUUGAUGGCCUUCAUUUCAUUGGCCUGUUGUGCAAUUCCGUACUUGUUUUACAUUUUCGGAGCCAGAAUCAGAACAUACUCCAAGUACGCUUAUUCCCCAGAAAUGGAUAAAAAGUGA